GAAAACAAGAGUAUGAAAGAAUUGGAUAAUGUGCGGGUGGUAGUAAGAUCAAGACCUCUAAAUGAGAAAGAACUAGAAACACAUUGUAAUGUUGUUGUUAAUGUAAGUUUAUAUAACACUUUAGUUUUACUAAUGUACACUAAGACAUACUUCUAAAUUAAUUUUUAUCCAUUCUUGAUAAGAUUCUUUAUUGAUUGAAAUAAAUGGAAAUGUUUUUUAUCACAUUGUACAUGUUAAUUUUCAGCACAUAAAUACAUAUUUUAACCAAGACAACAUUUUACAAUUAAAACAAUUGAAACACAAGAAAUCGAAAGUAUUUCUCUAGCAUAGAAAUCAGCCAUCAAAAUGAACUCACUUAAUGAUAAUAUUGACUUAAUUAUUAAUGAUUUAGAUGUGGUAACCACUGGGAUGAGCAAUCUGGUUUAUUCGUACAGACUGGAGAGCAAAACAAUUUUUAUAUCCUUCGGACAUAACUUUAAGAAAAAGAAUUCCCCCUGAUAAAGCUCAUCUUGGGCAUCUGUGAUGAAGAGAGUGCGAUGUUUCAACCAAAAAUUGUAUUUUGUUUUUACAAGAGCAUUUUUCUUCAAAUAGUUUUUCAAGCGAAGGAUAUUUAGUUUGUGUGAUAUUAAUAAUUAAUAACUUUCUUGAUCAGUCUAUUUAAUUAGUGUUUAAUGUCAGAGGAUGAAUUCCCACACCAACUGAAGUUCAGUAGGCUUCCAAAUGUUGCAUUAUACAAUAAGUUAAUAUUUUGUUUGUUAGUGCUGAAAUUGUAAAUUUUAAAAAAAUAGAAAAGUCUUUGGUUGUCUUUUUUAUACAGAAUGUGGCCCUGUUCAUGCAUGUUAAAUUAUUAUUAAUGGUGACACCUAGGUUCUUGAAUGUCUCUAUACUUGAAUUGCUCUAUACUGUUAUUUUUAUUCUGAGAUCUGCAAUGGGGUGAUUCCUCCUUCAGAAAUCAACAACCAUUUAUUUCAUUUUUGAGACAUUCAAUCGAAAAAAAAUAUUUUAUGGCACCAACUGAUAUAGCUUGUAACUAAGUUGCGGUAUAAGCUUUCUCUUUCAGAUACUAAGCCAACGACAGUGGUAUCAGAAAAUGUAAUUAUUGGAACCGUGUUGCUUGGGCUCUGGAUAUCAUUAAAAUAUAUAUUGUAGAACUUACAGGGGAAUAGGUAUAUCUUGUAUAUAGCACAGGGAAGAGAACACCACCUUAUGGCACCUCGGUACUUAAUUUCUCUAGUUAAUGAUAUUUGGUCAUUAACCUUGACAUAUUGUGGGUGAUUUGUUAUUAAGUUCACUAUUUAUGCUUGAAUAUUUGAAUUUACACCUAACGAAGAAGGCUUUUUAAUCAUAAUCAACUGGUUUAAAUAACAACAUGGCUUCCUGUGCAGUGAACAAUAGUAGAUCAUCCUGUGUAAUGCUGCUAUCAUAAACUGAAUUCAUGUCAUUAUGCACAUUUACAAAAUUCAUACGACAUGUAAAGAAAUAUCUAGAAACAGUUUAUCUGAACUACUAAACUGCAAAACAAAAUAUGAACAUUAACAGGGAGUGAAAAUAGAAUAAAAAGAAACUUAUAUCCCUAUAUCCUCUAAAUAUUUAUAUAAUGAUCAACAUUGGGUUUCAAAUUUAGUUAAUAUCAAGUUCAAGUAUAUGCCUUUAACACUUAGAUAUUUUAAUUUUUUAAAAAUUAUUUAUUUAUGAUUCUAUAGAAGGUUAAAAUUCAAUUCGAUGUUUAGAUUUUCUGGGAUUUACUUGAAUUAUAUGGCUAAGGGAAUUUUCUAUUGUCUUUUGUUCAGAUUGAUGAAGUAAGAGGCUCAGUGACAGUUAAGAAUCCUCAGGCUUCGCAGGCAGAGCCUCCUAAAACCUUUACAUUUGAUAUUGUGUUUGGGCCUGACUGUAAGCAGUUGGAUGUCUACAACAAGGUGGCCAGGCCUGUAGUUGAUUGUGUGUUGGAAGGAUACAAUGGUGAGUUCUUUUGUAUUCAUGUAUUGAGUGCCAGUAGCUUCCUUCUUCCUUGAGGUCUCUUCAUUAUGAUACCUAAUGUGUUUCAAAUGCAUCUCUCUUUAGUUGCUUAUUUAGUGUGAAUUAAUUCUUUAUUUACAAAUAUUAGUGGUGCUUAAAUCUAAAAAGACUGAAUUAAAGAAAAACCAGACCUUACUUAAUGAUAAGUUUUAUUGUGCAGUGAACUAAUAUUAGUAUAGACAAAUUUGUCUUCUGUUUUUGUUUUCAUGCUUAUCCCUCCAUAGUUGUGGAACUGCACAACUGGAACAGGAACCAAAGCAAGAGAGUAUCUAAAAAAAAAAAAAGAAAGAAAAAAAAAAAGAAAGACAAUUUUUCAGAUUUGUCUUCUAAUAUCAACUUAAUUAUUAAAUUUAAAACAUUUUAAAUGUUCUCAGGCACCAUCUUUGCAUAUGGCCAAACUGGCACUUUUGUUUUUUUUUUUUUUUUUCAUUCUUAUCCCUCCAUAGUUGUGAAACCGCAAAAAUAAAAAAGAAACAAAAAAAAGAGAGUAUAAAAAAAAAAAAAAAGAAAGAAAAAAAAAAAAGAAAGACAAUUUUUCAGAUUUGUCUUCUAAUAUCAACUUAAUUAUUAAAUUUAAAACAUUUUAAAUGUUCUCAGGCACCAUCUUUGCAUAUGGCCAAACUGGCACAGGGAAAACAUUUACCAUGGAAGGUCUCAGAGCUAUACCAGAGAAAAGAGGCAUUAUACCAAAUUCAUUUGCUCACAUAUUUGGCCACAUUGCUAAAGCUGAAGGCGACACAAGGUAGGCUUGUUCAUUUUAUACUUAAGCUGAAUUAGUCUGUUUAAAAAAAAAAGGUAACACUAAUCCAUGUUACAUUUUUUUAUAUACAUUCCUACAGGUAUUAUUCACCUGAAAUCAUUUCAAUAUUAUUUUAAGCAUAUAUGUUAUGUUUUUAAAGUUUACAUAAAGCUCUAAGUUUCAAGAUAGGUUUUUUUCUAAAAUAAUAAGGCAUGGACUAGAAUUGAAAAUUGCAUGAUUUUAUUUUAAAAAUUUUAAGUUUUAAAAAAUGAACAUAAAUUUUCACCCAUAGGUUCUUAGUGCGUGUGUCAUACCUUGAGAUCUACAAUGAAGAAGUCAGAGACUUGCUUGGUAAAGAUGAAAGCCAAAGAUUAGAGGUAAAAACAAUGUAAAGAUUACUCAACUUUCCGUCAAGGUUUUUUUUUAGAUUUUUCAGAUUAUUCAUUUUUACUAAAUUUCUUACAUUUUGUGAAAGGGCGCUUUAAAUUGGAUUAGAUUUUUAUCUGAUCCAAUAUAACAUUAUUUAUAAAACUGAAAUUAAAUGUUAUAUAAUUCUUUUCUUGAAUUCAUGGCUUUAUAACAGGUCAAAGAGCGUCCAGAUGUUGGAGUGUAUGUAAAAGAUUUGUCGGCUUUUGUUGUCAACAAUGCAGAUGACAUGGACCGCAUAAUGACACUAGGGAACAAAAAUAGUAAGAUAGAAACUAGUUUUUGGGUGUCUGAAUUGUAUCUUUUAUAAGAGAGCAAUCAAUUAUUCUUCCUGUUAAACUCCCUAAAAUGAGUGUUUAUUAAUAAUACUUUAAAGUAAUUUACUAACUGUAAAUCCCAAAGGCUAUAUUUUUUUAAUUAAACAUUUUUUUUAGCUUAAACUGUACCAUAAGUAGUUUGUACACUGGGAUAUAUUAUUUAAGUUUCUAAUAUUAUUUUUUUUCUCUAAUAUUUUCAUUGAUUUCUUUUCUUCUCAAAUAUAGCUAUACCAUGACUUUAUUUAUAGCAAAAUAAAAGAAAGGAUCAAUGCUUAGUGUCUACUCAUUUAUAGCUAUACGAUGACUUCAUAACAAAAUAAAAAUAAUGAUAAAUAAUUAGUGUUAGCCCAAAUCUAAAUAAUUCUUUAAAUAUAUUUUGAUUUAGUAUUACAUUUUAGUCAUAGUUGCAGGAAAAGAGCUUUUAAAUCAUUUUUUAAUUACUUUGCAAAUAUUACUGCAGAAGUUUUUUUUAAAUUUUAGUAUCCAUCCUGAGAUACCAAUGGCUUUCUGUGUAGAUGGACAGAGACUUUCCAUAUAAAAAACAUUGAGCUGCACCCUGAAAAAAAUUAAAUUUGUGUAUAUGUAGAAGGAGUUUACUUUAAGUCAUUUUCCCAUUGUAGUCAAAUCAUAGCAUCCACCCCAAGUUUUGACAAAGCUUGUUAUUUUUCAGGGUCUGUGGGAGCUACUAAUAUGAACUUGCACAGCUCUAGGUCCCAUGCCAUAUUCACAGUGACCAUUGAGUGCAGUGAGAAGGGACCGGAUGGAGAGCAACAUGUCAGAGUGGGGAAAUUACACUUGGUUGAUUUAGCUGUAAGUUAUGACAUCAUAUAAGAAAGAACAUUCAUUUACUUUUAAUUGUCACUAAAAAAAAAAUUAGCUUUUCAAGUGUAUUAUGAGCUGAACUUGGAGAAUCGUAUAAAUCAGAAGGAAGUGGUGUAACUGUUUUGUUCCUUUCUUCACUUUGUAUACAUGUGCACUGAUUUGAAUGGUAACAUUUAUAUUUAUUAAAUGUGAAUACUUUCAUAAAAAACUCAAAUAACAUUUCUUGUAAUUUUUUGUUUUCCAUCAAAACUUGCUUUUUAUUUGUUUUUGAUUAUUUUUAUCCUUGUGUAGGCUAAAUUCAACUGCGUUUCAAAUUGUCUUAAAAAUGUUUUCUUUGAAUUGGUCAUCCGCUCCCAGUUCUGCAUUCACGACAAGUAAUAUAACUGAACACAUGUUUAAAAUCCAGGGCUCUGAGCGUCAGGCCAAAACUGGUGCAACGGGACAACGUUUGAAAGAAGCAACAAAGAUCAACCUGUCUUUAUCCACUCUUGGAAAUGUCAUUUCUGCAUUAGUCGAUGGCAAGAGCACACACAUUCCGUAUAGGAACUCCAAGCUCACCCGUUUACUGCAAGACUCACUUGGUGGAAACUCAAAAACAGUCAUGGUAAGAUGUUUUCAAUAAAAAUUGUGAAUCUCUUCUCGACUUUAAAAAAAAAAAUUUGCAUUUCAGUGGAUAUGGAGAUUAUACUUGACAAUAUUCUAAUAUACAGCUCCAUGUCCAGUCAAGAGGGAGAAUUAAAAAAAAAAAUGUCCUGUACCAGAUCCAUACUUCAUUUUCAGCAUCUUUUCAGCAUGUUCUGUUUAAACUAGGUUAUCCUAGAGCAGCAAUACUUGUUUCAUACAUUCUUCAUUGAUCAGAGCAUGUUUAAAUUUUACAAAAUAUUUUUUAAAUGGAUAAGGUGAGCCGAAAUUUAUGGCGCUAUUUUAAAGAUUCUUUUAUUUUAAAUUAAAACUUCAUUGCACCAUCAUUUACACAAAAAAAACAACAACUUAGAAAUUGUCUAAAAAUGGUGCGCUAAUGAAAGGAUUGGUACCUAGUGCAAUAAAGCUAAUUAAUACUAGUUACAUGAUGAUACAUUUAAACAAUGUUCCUUUAGCAUUUUAUUGUAGAACAUUUAAAAAAAAAAAAGGUCAGUUGAAUAACAAUUUUUAUGAUGCCCUGGUUUUCCACUAAAUGUUGCCAUGUUCCUAGGUGGCCAAUGUUGGCCCAGCUGAUUACAACUAUGAUGAGUCCAUCAGUACAUUAAGGUAUGCCAACAGAGCCAAGAACAUAAAGAACAAAGCCAAGAUUAAUGAGGACCCUAAGGAUGCAUUGCUCAGACAGUUCCAGAAAGAAAUAGAGGAGCUGAAAAAAAUGCUGGAAGACGGAGGUAGGGGUCGCUUAUUUAUUUACAACUACAAUUUGAGGCAUUCUUUUCUAAUCACUGAUGCACUUGACAUUAUCUAGGACAUACUUUUUUUAUAUUUAAGAUAAUUUGUAAUGGUUUUCUUAAGUAAACUGAUAAUUUAACUUUUUUUUAUCUGCUAACUGAUACAAAAAAAUUUAGCCUUACUGCUUCGUUAGAUUAAACAUUUCAGGUCCGCUUCAUUAUAAAACUCUGAUGACAUUUUCGGCACCUAAUUUAAUUUCAUUUAAAUAAAUAGUCAUCCGAGUUGAGCUGAUGUCUAUACAGCAAAAGAUAAAAAUGUAUAUCUAAUGUAUGUCUUUGUUGUUGACUUAAGAAGAAAUUUGUUUUAUAAGUAUGUUAGUUUUUAUGUUAUUAAUAUUUUCUUUUUGCAAAUCUAAAACAACUUUCCACUACAUUUUUUCCCAAUAAUGUGAUCAGGUGGCUCUGAUGAUGAAGGUAGUGAGGAGGAGUCUGGAUCUGAAGAAGAAAUUAUAGAUGAAAAUGGACAGAAACGGAUGGUAAAAAAAAGGAAGAAAGGUAAAUCUAGAAUAUAUUCAAUUUAAAUACAAAUGAAACUGUUUUUAACAUUUAGUAAUUGAAUCCUAGUAUUUUUUAGCUUAAACUAUGGUGUACAUUAGGAAAUGGCGUCAGCGAGCCGUUGAGCCAAAACACUUAAUGCCCUCUCCAAAGCACCACCCUUCAAGCCCGAAAAGUCCCCCAACUCAUGGGAUGAGAAUCGGCACGUAAAAGAUCUCCUCUUGCUAGGAAUAUAAACUACUAAAAGAUUAUAAUUUUUGUCUGCCAUUGCCAGUCCUUAGAUGUAAACAGCGCAAUGACAGGCCAAAUCUUCAUUUUGUUGUGAAAAAUUUAUAAAUUUUCAUUAAUUGAUCUGGUUUAGUGAUCGUUGAAGAAUAGAAGUAAUACAUUCGCUGUAAUGAAUGAAUUAUUAAGUAAAAUGGCAGAAAAACAUUAAUACCAUAUUGACCUCAAAUGCACACAUAAUGGGACCCUAGAUAUAUCAGAUUAUUAUUCAUUUUUACAUUCAUAUAGUUGCCCUGCACAUAUAAAACUACAGAUCUCUGGAUAUUUUUAGGCUGUUAUAAUAUAUACACAACACAUAAUAUUUUCACAAUAUAUUAUGUAGCAUUGGUCUUUUACUAUAUGUAUUUUUCUAGCAUGCUCAUUUCUUAGCUUACUUUUCACUAAUAUGACUACCUAUCAUUUAAAAUCUUACCUAUAUUAUUUCAUUGAUACGUAAAUUUUAUUGUAAAAUUUCAAUGGACAUUUGAAUCAUGGUCUUGUUUCUUGUCUCUUGACACUGUGACCAAAAACAGAUGGUGAGUGGGACAUGAUUUGCUUGUGUGUUUUUCAAAUUUGAUUUGUUUUUCUUUAAAUAUUUUGUUUUAACAUAAAUAGUGGCUACCUCUAACUAUAUGAAAGCUUCAAGAGUUAUGCCCUGAUAAAUUUAUAUUGUAAUAAUGACUUUUUUAACAUGGAACUAUUUAAGAACUCACACGUUAUUGAGUGUGUUUAUGAUUUUAAACACUUCUUUGAAGCAUUAUCUUAUGUUGUACUUACAAGAUAAAUUAAUUUUAAAAUGAUCAAAAUGCAAUUACACAAAAUAAAACAAUAAAAAAGUUUGUCUAAUUCAUUCAGUCUUUAUGAAUAAAAUGGUUGUUGAGAGUAUUGGCCACUGAAUGCUACAUAAAUUAUCAAAUGGCACCAAAAAAAUAUUUAAAGGGCAUUAAAAAAAAUAUAACACCUCAGUUUCAUGGUUAUUGACAGCAAUUUCUAGAAUUUAAACAUAACAGUGAACACACAAUGAUUUUUGUCCUGGACACCACCAUAGACUGCUUUGCCUAGCAUGUUCAUAAACUUUUCCAUGCUGUGGGACAAGUGUGUAGUCAAAAUAGAAACAAUAGUCUGACAAAAUGUGCUCUGGACCAGUUGGAACUAGAAUGUGAUGUCUAUUUGUUCUUCAUCGUGCCACAUGCUUUCCCAUCCAUGAACAAAUGCUAGAUUAAGUAAUUUAACCCAAAUCUAACAAUGUUUUGAACAGUUUUGUCACUUUUUUUUGUACUGCCCUUUUUUAAUCAUUAGAUUAUUUAUAGUAUUACCCUAGAAAAAGCUAGAUGAAAUUUUAAAGUAUAAUGUUUACACCCCCUUUGUUGAUGCCAUUGGAAACAUUUCUUUCCUUCUGAUUUUUAUUUUUUGAAAACAAUAAUCAUUCAUUUUAUACUAAAGAAACUUGUUCUGCUUUUCAUUUUUUUUUUGUUAAGUAAGCCACUAUUAAUGUUAAAAACUUUAUGUUAAGUCUGCACAUUGUUUUUAGAAAUCAUUAAGCCACAUAUGAUAAAUCAGACAAAAAUCAUUGAAUCGGACAAUAUUAAAAUGGUAAAUUCACUAGGCACACUAUGUGUGAAAUACUUAUAAUUUUAAUUCUUUUAAUUUUAACACUAAGCUUUUACAAUAAUUUUUGUUACAAAAUUUUUAAAAAUUAAUUGAACCUAUUUAUUGUAAAUAUACAGACCUUUAAAACUAAAGAAUAAUCAGUUUUAAAAAAAAAAGGGCAAUUUUUCUAACUUUUAACAAACCUUGUUAUUUUAAUUUUUUUUUAAAUGUUAACUUGACAACAGAUAUAGGUAAGAUUGUGGUAUUUAAAUAGAAGUUAAUAUUUGCUUUAAUUUGAAGUCUUUAUUUUAUAUCUUGGAAUGAGUCCUUGACUGUAACAUUUUAGUUUUUGAAUUUCAAAAAAACAAAAUCUGACUAAUCCAAUACUAACAAUAAAAGACAUAUAAAAGCAUAGCACAUUUUUUAAUUGCAAGUCAGCAAAAACAUAAUUUGUUUUCUAUUGUUUCAUCCAACAACUUUUUUUAUUGCCUGAAUUGAAAUUUAUUAGUAUCAUUUGAAAAGGAAACAGACUACGGAUUGAAAAAAGCAAUUUGAAAAUUAAAUAAUGCAAUCUGUAAUUGGCAAAUGCUUGAUGGUCUUCUCAGUACUACUAAUAAUGAUCCUUUUUCAAUGACCUGGAACAAUGCAUCUGUGAGAAUGUUUGAAAAUACAAUGGAAAUCAUUUAUUUUGAAACUAUUGGAAAGAAAUAUUUUGAAAAUUUAAAGGAAUUUCAUCAGCGAAAUAAAGAAAAAAUACUGCCUCACUAAUAUAUGGAAUAUAUAUAUAUAUAAAAAUUACAUUGAAAUUUUAAGCAAACAAGCACUUAUCCAACCUGGCUCAAACAUUGAAGUUAGUUUUCCUCUAUUCUUUAAGGUUGCAGAUUUCAUAGAUUUAUCAGCUACAAAAGUUUUCUAAAGAACCUUUUUUUUUUAAAAACAUAUAUAUAUAUAUUGCUAUAAAGCUGGAGUCCUCAAAUGGGGCCUUCCAGAGGUCCUUAUUCUGGCUCGCCUGGCCACCUGGCUAGCAGCAAAAAAUUUGGAAACAAAAUUGAUCAUCUGAUUAGUCAAACGACUAGUAAGUUUAUGUUGGAUAUAUUUUUUCCUUCAUUAUAAUUAUGUUAUUGUUUUUUCAAGUUAAUUUUUUUCACCACAGAUAUGAUAUGUGCAGUGUGCAUAUCAUUAAUUCAUUUUUUUUAAUACUUUAGUUCAGUCCCUGACAGUGUAUUUUUCCAAACUAUUGUCCAGCCCCUGACAGUGUCUGAGAACACUGAUGUAGCCCCUUAUUUAAAAAGUUUGAGAACCUCUGCUAUAAAGGAUUCCAUUUCAACAUGAAGGAAAAAUUAGAAUUAGUAUUAACUGUUUAUUAUCAGCUGUCAGUAGUGUCACCACAUAGAAAUAUUUAUUUAAAAAAAAUAGUUUCAAUAAAAUAUAUAUACGAAGGAAAAAAAAAAAGUAAUUUUUUAAGCAUUUAGAAAUUUAAAAAAACAAAACAAAAAAAACACACAUUUUUAAAGCAAUUAAAUAUGUUACAUUUAUCAGAAGAACUUAUGACCUGUAAACCCUAGUAAACGAUUUGGUGGCGAUGUUUGGAGCUGUUUUAAUAUGCUGUUUAUCUGAUGUUAUAAAUGCAUUUAUCUUCAGCACUUUUGUUUCAUGUGAGAAUAAAUUACAUUUUUGAAGUCACAUUGCAUUUUGCCGAACCAGAAUAUUUGUUACUGAUAACCAAAUUUCAUGUUAAAUGAUUUCUACAGUAUUUCAACAUCAUGUUAUACGUCUUUAGAUUUUAUUUAUUAAUGAUGUUAAGCUUCAUAACCUUAUGUAACAUUUUUUCUUAGAAUUUCCAGAAUGUAUCACUAAAUAUGAAUCUAAGUCUGUCCUCAAAAUAACUUCUGAUGUACAUGAAGGUGACAAAUAGUUUUAAAUUGGCCUUUGCGCGCACACAGAGACACAUAUAUAACCAUUAUUCAGAAAUUUUAAUGAUUGAUCAAUGUGCAUCUUUUUUAAAACAUUUAUUUAAUUUAUUUGUUUAGUAUUUUUGCUUAGGUAAGUUUGUGAUGUAUGGAAUGUAUGUGGAUAUUUCUACCAUAUGCUGCAUGCUCACGGGCAUGUUUGAAGAUGACUGGAGCACCAGGGACUGACUGAAUGAAAUGCUGCAUGCUGUGUAAAUCAUGAGGGCCAAAUCAUGGCUGUUAUAAUGUAAUAUUGGAUGUUGAUGGGUCUAAAUACUCAUUGAUGUUUUUUUUAGAAAUGACUUGAGGAUAAUUAUAUUUUAAUUUCUUUUAUGGUUAACGAUAUAAAAAAAUUUAUAACCGCAGUGUUGCAUCUGAAAAGUUUAUUAGUGAUUCUUAUAUUAACUUGCUAGGAAAUGUAUUGUUAGAAAUUUAAGAAAUUUUCAUGUGUGUCCAGCUUAAUUUAAAAAAACAGAUUAUUUAAAAAUAAAAUGCAUUCCAAUGAAACAAAUAAUAUCUGUAAUGCAUCUUAAACAGAAGUCAUAAUCAGUAACUCUCUAUACAGCAUGAGUAGCUGUAUGUUACAUCUGGAUGAGUUUUUAUGUCCAUUGAAUCAUAAUGUUUAAAAAUUCCAUCUCAAAUGACCUAUUAUUGUAAAUAUUGUGGUUUCGUGCUUUUACAGCCAAGCGUCACAUCUCAAAAGAGAAAAUGGCUGAAAUCCAAGCCAAGAUCGAGGAAGACAGGCGUAUACUGGAGUCUAAGAAAGAUAUGGCAGAAGAGGAAAGGAACAAGGUCAAGUCUGACCUGGACAAGAAGGAAUCUGAGCUUAAAAAAUUCCAGUAUGACCAGAAUAAAUGAGAUAAAUUACUGUUUACUUUUGCAUGCGCAUAACUCUAUAAUCUACCUAUGUUCAUACGGGAAGCAGUCAAGUCAAUAAAAAUUAAUGUAGUUCCUACAUUUCUGCCUAAUUUUUAUCAUGGAGGUUCAAAUGUGCACAUUUUUUUGGUAGAGAACCCCUCACAUAUUUUAAUUCCAUCAACUGAUAAACUAAUCAGUCCUAGCAUUUAUUUCUCAGGUUCUAAAAUGGAAUAUGUCAGCACUGCUAAUACAAAGACACAAUGCCAUUUCCACGCAACUAACACUUUUACUACCAAAAAUGUAUGAAUUAAAUUGCGCUGUGUAAUUUGAAUUCCCCAGGGAUGAGCAAGAGCAGUUGAAGCAGAAGCUGUCUGUCAUAGAAAAGAAGAUUAUAGUUGGAGGAGAAAAUCUUUUGGAGAAGGCAGAGGAGCAGGAGAGACUGCUGGAGGAGAGUGCUAGGGAGCUGGAAGCUCGCAAAGAGAAGGAGGAGGAAUUAAAGAAAGCAUUGGAAGAGAAAGAAGUAUGCAUUUUUUUCAUCUGGGAUUUCUUCAUCCCAACAGCUGGUUUAAUAUUAAAAAGAGAAACUACCAUUUCAUAUAAAAAGUUUAAACAAUUGCAUUAAAUAAAAAGCAUGCACUUGAAUAACGUAAUCUGAAACUGUCUUUUUGUAUCUGUUGCAGCAAGAAAGACUGGACAUAGAGGAGAAAUAUUCUAGUUUGCAAGAGGAGGUCGCUGGUAAAACAAAAAAACUAAAACGAGUGUGGACUAUGUUGAUGCAGGCAAAAUCAGAGGUGAGUUUAACUUCACUGUGAUCGUCUUGUUAAUAAUAAUAAUAAUAAUAAGAGGUCUUAUAUAGCGCGGUACCCCAGCCUAGGGCUCACCGCGCUGUACAUAAACAUUUUAUCAAAAGAGACAUAAUCAUGAUAUUAAAAUAAAAUGCAUUUAUGAAAUAAAGUAAAGCAAUGUAUAUUCAACCACCCCACCACAUAACUUUUACGAGGCAAACCAUGGACGGCAGCCAACAAGAUCAUUUAUCGGUCAGAGGAGGGGAAUCAGUCAGGGUAGUAUAAUUUAAAAAGAUAUGUUUUUAGUGCAGUUUUGAAGGCCUGGGUGGUUGGUAUAUUGCGUAUGUGUAGUGGCAAUGAAUUCCAUUGUUUGGGGGCACAGAAAGAGAAAGAUUGUUCACCAUAUGUUUUAGUGUGUGUCUUGGGAACGGACAGAAUACGCGUGUCUGCAGAGGAGCGAAGCUGUCGAAGGGGUGAAUAGACAGAAAGAAGUUCGGUUAGAUAUGAAGGGCAGGAAUCCAAGAAAAAGUUGUGACAGAGAACAGACAACUUGUAGUCGAUGCGUGCCUGUAUAGGUAGCCAAUGAAGGGAAUGGAGUAGUGGAGUGAUGUGUUCACGUUUUUUUGCCUUUAAAACUAGCCAUCAGCUGAGUUUUGAACUUUCUGCAGUUUUUCUAUGCAGUGUUUUGGUGAACCUGACAGAAGAGAGUUGCAAUAGUCAAGAUGAGAGAGAACAAGAGCACAGACUAGAGUUUUUGUAGCGCUAACUGUGAGGUAGUGGUUUAUGGAGCUGAUCUGACGGAUAGCGGUGUAUGCUGAACGACAAAUGUGAGAUAUAUGUUUAUCGAGAGACAUGUUGUUAGAAAGAAUAUAACCAAGAUUCCUAGCAGAUGGUGUAAACUGUACGUCAGAGUUACCUACUUGAAUUAGGUUGGAAGAGUUGAGGUAGAGGAUGAUGUGUGAUUGUGGAUGAAGAGUGCUUCCGUUUUGUCAUCAUUAAGCUUCAACUUGCUGAGUGUCAUCCAUGACUUGACGUCAUCAAUGCACCCCCGCAGAGUCUGGACAGCGAAUUCAACAAGAGAAGGAUGGGUAUGCUUGUAUAGCUGCGUGUCAUCUGCAAAUGACUGGCUCUCAACAGCAUGCCUCCCAAGCAAGAGGAGCAGUGGUCUGGUAUACAAUGUGAAUAGAAUCGGGCCUAAAACGGACCCCUGUGGUACUCCGUACACCAAAUCAGCACUGCCUGAGAGACAGCCAUCGACAGAGACCGCCUGCGUUCUAUCAGAGAGGUAGGACCUAAACCAAGCCAAAACUGAACCAGAAAUUCCAAAGUAAUUUUCAAGGGUUUUGAAAAGGAUUACAUGGUCAACAGUGUCAAAGGCCGCACUGAGGUCUAAGAGGAUCAGGAUGGAGAUAUCACCACUGUCCAAUGCGAGCAAGAGGUCAUUGGUCACUCUCAAGAGAGCCAUCUCUGUGCUGUGGAAAUGUCUAUAGGCAGACUGAUUAGAACUGAGAAGAGAGUGGUCAAUUAAAUAAGCAAAAAGUUGUUUUAGAACUAGUUUUUCAAUAACUUUAGAUACAAAUGAUAAGUUAGAUACAGGUCUAUAAUUUUUAAAAUUAUUUCCAUCCAGACCAGGCUUCUUAAGCAAUGGUUUGAUGACAGCUGAUUUAUAAAGAGGGGGAACAGUGCCAGAAGACAAGCUUUCAUUUAUUAUGUGGGUUAUCAUUGGGAGCAAAUGAUCUAAUGACUGAACCAAUAGGGGGGUGGGGAUGGGAUCCAAAUAACAUGACGUAGGUUUAGAUUUUAAAAUUAUACUUUUGACCUCAAGUUCUGAAACAGGUUUAAAAGUAUCGAAAUGUGAAGUAAGACAAGGAACAGGAGGCAAAUCCAGGGAUGGUGCAUCAAAACGAUCAAGCUCAGCGCGAAUGCUCGCAACUUUGCUUGUAAAGAAAUCACAGAAAAUAUCUGGUUGCUGGGGCAAAGGAAAUACUGAAGGAAGAGGAGUUCCUUUGUUACUCCCUCUAAGGUGGCUACAAACAUCAAACAACUGCCUGCUGGUUUUACCCAUAGUUAUCUUUUGGCUAAAAUCUGUUCUGUUGUUCAUCCGUCGAGGAUCGACGAUGACCAUCGAGUCGUCUGGUGACUGAUGACUUGCGCGGGUGACUUUUGUUUAAAGUGAGGAAGAGUUGCGCAGCGUCAACCUCACUCUCUCACCAUAUCCAGUGGCAAGACUCUACGUCAAGACGACCAGGGAUGGGUACGGUUGCAGGAAUUGACAUUGUAUGCGCCUUACGGGACUCCAACUCCGGGUUUGAAUUCAGAGUUUCCUUCUCUUAGAUGAGUUGCCGACCAAGGUUAACGAGUCUCAUCCACCCGGGGUGAUGUUUUUGCUUGACCGGCCUUUGGCUGAAAUUGAGGUUUGCUCAGUUUAGACCAUUCGGCCACCCAGUCACCCAUGCAGUGAAUGACCAUGGCGUUCUACGUGUCUGGUCAUGUUCUCAGCGAUUCACACCACUGUGCUGUCUCCGCCUUUUGUCCGUUGACCAAGUAGUGGUUCUUCCGCACAAUUUGCCGGAUUCAGUCUUUACAUGCUAUGGGGGACAACCCCUUUUUUUCCGAAAGUUCUAUGCCCUUCGGCUACCCUCAACCUGGAAUCGUUGUCUGGGUUGUAGUCGCUGUGCAUGUUACAGCUUCUUGGAACCACAGGUGAGAGCUGAGUACAGAGACUUCCGGCUGUUUCCGAACAAGAUGGCUUCUUCCUAUUCAGCCUAACAGUAGAUCUAUAUUGUAGUUGUAAUUUAAAGGAGAAAUACGUUGAUAACAGCAUAAAUUCUGAUCCUGAAUGGAACCGCAAAACAAUAAAAAUUAAUUAAAAGUUCGAAUUUUCUUGCGUCGAAGCCAAUUUCCAAUAAUCAUCUUUAACUAUCCCUCUUGCUUUACUGAAGCGCCUACACACUGAGAUUCCUUCCUAUUGUGUUUUACUAUACCGCCAUUUUGUUGUAGCCGGAAGUUAUCCUUUGUUUAGUGACAAUGGAGAUUUUGUUAACGAAAUGUUGUUGAGAGAAAAAUUACGUAUCCGAAACAAAGAUUCUGAUCCUCUGCAGAUUCUUAAGCAGAUAUUCAUAAGAAAGAACUAUUUCAUACAAUUAUUUUCUUGUAAAAUCCAUGUUUCCUUCCUUUUGUAUUCUUUUGAAUUUUUUCUCCGCCAUCUUGUUGCAGCCGGAAGUUUUACUUUUGGCUAAAAUGCGAAGUCUUAGCAUGACAAACAAUCUGAGUGACACGCUUCUUGGCAGCGGAAAAGAUCUGCUUAAAAACCACAAGACCUGACCUCAACCACUUUUUUUCCGCACUACGCCGCUUUUUCUUGGCACUGCGUAGUUCUUCCCUUAUAGUCGCAUACCAGGGAGCUGACCGCGUUAACCUAAAAUUGCGGCGGCUGACAGGGGCGUGCCGGUCAAGCACAGCGCGCAUGCACGUUCUAGUGUUUCCAAUGUAGGGCAGAGGGCGGGGGACACUUCAAAACUCAGGUCAUGCUUAAAGGCAUCCCUGUUUAUAGUUCGCGGACCUCUCUAAACUGGGGGAGAGGGUUGGGGGCCCUUACAUUAAGCUCGCAAAUAACACAGAAGUGGUCAGAGGACAGCUCCUGAGUGACUGAAGCAGAUCUAACUAAACCAUCUUGAGGCCUAUGUAACACCCAAUCAAGAAUAUGUCCACGAUUAUGAGUCGGUUGGUCGACCGAUUGCUGAAGACUGAAUGAAUCCAAAAGAUCCAACAUCUUAGCAAUCAGUGUGGACUAUGUUGAUGCAGGUAAAAUCAGAGGUGGGUUUAACUUCACUGUGAACCUCUUGUUAAUUCAGCUGAAGCAAUAAGGGACAACAAAUGAACCUGCUCUAAAAUGUAUAAUUAUUUUUUUAAAUUUAUGUAGUUUAAUUUCAGGUUCCCACUGUCAGCUAGAUUGGAAUAACUGACAACAAUCUGAUGUAGCCUAAGACCUGUGUGAAUGCAUUUAUCCAGAACUUCAUUCUCAUUAUAUCACCAUAAUGUUCCUCAGAUAGCUGACAUGCAACAAGAACAUCAGAGGGAGAUGGAAGGUCUCCUGGAGAAUGUCAGACAACUGAGCCGGGACCUCAAACUACAGAUGACCAUCAUUGACAGUUUCAUCCCACCUGAGUUUCAGGUUGGAAUAUGUGUGGAAAUCAAGUUCUCAAAAAGUUCAAUUGAGGGAGUUUUAUGCAAAUUAUAAAAAAAGUUAAAGAUUUCUAUUUUGUCUUCAUGAUUUUGAUGCUUUGUCUAGUGAGUUUUGUCUAAUUGUCAGCUUUUCUGGUGCAAAAAAAUAAUUAAUUGUGCAGCCAAAAAAAAAACUAUCAAUAAAUUUGAAACUUAUUAAUAAUGAUAAAAAUGGGAAAAGAAAAGAGUAUUAAGGUUUUAAAAAAAAAACACAUAAAAGGAAGAAAACAAAAAGUAAUUAUACAAAAUUACCUAUAAAAUACUAUUGACUGACAUUGAAUUUAUCAAAUUCAUUAUGUUUACACACCUUUAAAUUUCCUGUCACUAGAAGUAGAAAUUUAGUAUUGACCUAUAGCCACAUUAAAAAUCGUAAUUGGCCCCAAAUGGGAGAAAAUGAAGACUUAACAUUUUAAAGCCUAUAUAUCAGCACACAGUGGGUAAAGAGUUAAGAACGUAGACAUUUCAGGGCAGUAACAAGUGAGGCCCUUCUUCUUCUAUAUAUUAAGGGUCCUCGAUCAAUGUAUUGAUCAUUCUGGCUGCUAUGUAUGUAGAGGGGAUUUGCAAUGUUUUUGUGAGUGGUAUUAAAGAGGGUAUUUUACUGGUUGCAAGGACUAAACAGCAGGGGCAUCAGGAACUGGGGGUUGGAAGGCUUGAGGCAAUCGACGCAAAUGUGUUGAGUGCUUUCGCCUCAACUGUUCUUCUUGGAAGCUUGUUCCAGUCCCUGGUUGUCUUUGGCUUGUUGUUCAGAGCUGUAACAAGUGAGGCACUUGCCAGGAGCUUGUUUUUCAGAGAUGUAACAAAUGAGACAGUUGCCAGGAGCUUGUUGUUUAUAGAUGGAACAUGUGAGACACUUGCCAGGAGCUUGUUGUUCAGAGAUGUAAUAAGUGAGCCAGUGGUGGAUUAACUAUGGCACAACUAGUGCCAGGCCUACUUCGAAAAUCUGACAUUGUCCUUAUAACACAAGUUUUAAAAAAAAAUAUUUUGUGAUGAACUGCUGAUUAUGUUUAUGUGCCAAUUUUUAGCAUUUCAGAUUGUCCUCCUAAAUUUAUCUUGUAUAAAUAACAUUUGCAUGAUUUUUCUGUCCGGUCUGUUCAGGAGAUGAUUGAGAGACACGUCCACUGGAACGAUGACAUCGGUGAGUGGCAGCUGAGAUGUGUUGCUUACACUGGUAACAACAUGAGAAAACAGACACCACAGCCAGAGAAGGAAAAAGAAAAGGUGAAAGAAUCAAUGACUCAAUGAACUUAGUAAUACGAAUAUUUAUUCAAGGAUUUGGAUUUUUAUGAAAGUCACUCAAGAGAGAUUUUUCUUUAUUAAUACACAAAAGAUGAAUAAGAUUAAUGUGAUUUAAUUAAAUGCUUACAUAUAAGUUUUUAUUAAAAUUGUAUAUGUAUUCAGAAAUGCAAAUGUAAAACACAUAUUUUAAGGUUGAGCCAAUAAAAAUAAAUUGUUAAAAAUAAAUUACUGUUUAAAAGUUAAAGAAGGUUGCCACAACUAAUAAUAUAGAUUUUUGCAAGAAUAUUCGAGCAGAUACUAUCCAUUGACAUUCUUUUUUUAUUUAAACUGACCAUUUAUUCACAUACAUACCCAUUCGUUUCUAUGUCUAUUUGCUAUUUAUCAGUUGAUCGUUUUUUCCUUAAAAAAAAAUAUAACCACUUCUGUCUGAUGACGCAGAGUCCUGAGAUAGAUUUGUCUCAUAUUUAUCUGGCGUACACAAGAGAUGGUGAAGCAGAGGCCAUGAGACCCAAGACAAGCAAGGGCUCUAAAUCUGCUAGACCCAAGACAGCCAACAGACCAAAAAGCUCCAGAAAGUGAGUAAAUAAUAUUGUUGGCAGCCUGUAUGUGAACAGGGUAAUAAGGGGAGAGACUGCAAUCAGGUUAGCACAAUAUGAGAUGAGUAAAAAAAAAAGUAAGGCUAAACCUGAAAAAGGAACGCAACAAAACAACGAACAUGGCGGCAGGAAGCCUUGGUCAGCGAACAAAACAACAGAAAAAACAGAAUAAAAUUAAAAUUAAAAAAUAGCACUUAGCUUAGAAGUAGUAUCCGAGAAGACGUCAAAUGAAUUGUGACAGAAAGUAAGUGGGUGAGAGAUUAAAUAGGAAAGAGGGAAAGAAAAGAGGAGAAGUAAGUCCACUGGGAUAGGUCGCGACGUGGAGGGGCGGAGCUAGGGUUCAAGCUGUGAAAAGAGACAUGACGUUGAUACCAUGUGGUGUCAAUUGUUGACCCCCGUCCACGCCCCUAUUCCCGGCCACCCUCCCAUCCCCGGCCACCCCAUGGCCUUUUAAUUAUAGUUUCUUCACACUAUCGCUAAAACACUUUUAAAAACAAUAUUUUAAAACAAUAUUCUUUAUUUCUCUGGUUCUUUGAGAUGAAAAAAAUAACACUUUCAGGGUACAAAAAAUUAGUCAAACGGGAAUAAUAAUUAUUCCAACGGGAAUAAUAAUUAUUCCCGAGUGUCAAAAUAUUGAUACUUGUUUAUUUAACCUGUUGAAAGAAAUAAAACGAAUAGCUUACAUGUGGUUAAUAUUUAUUUGAUUGUAAUUUUACACUUUAACUUUAAUCGCUUUUUUUUCAUAUUUGACAUCUAAGUGUUCCUGACAGCUGAUAACUAGUUAAAGUCUUGCAUCCGUCUGUCAGAUUUAUUUGUUUUUCUUUUCUUCCCCAGAAAACGUCAAGACUCGAACAUCAACUCUUUACUUCAUUGACUGUUUGUAGGCUCUGUUACAUUACUCACCUUCAAGUCUUUACUACUGUGGGACUGUUUUGAGGGGAAGAUCAUCUCACUCAUUGCAUUUCUUAGUUUAACCUAAAACAAGUUUCCCCUAUUAUACAGUUGAACCCCCGGUAGAUUUUAGAUAAGAUUUUCCCAAACAGUGUUAACUUUGUGUUUUUAGGGAGACGUUUGGCAUAAAAUUAACAGCAUUUUUUUUUAAAAGGUCUUAACAUGCUUUUUAAUAUUCCAUAAUAUGAAACAAUAACCCAAUAUUUCAGCAACAUUAAUUAAGAUUUUUUGACAGCCUAAGCCAGCUCAUUUAUUACUAUUGGAAGUGGACAACAUUAUGGUCCAUAAUUAACUGAAGUAAAAAUCACGAUAAGAGUUCAAAAUUACCACACAAAAAAAAAACCAUAUAUUAAUGAACUUACAAAUUUAUUUAAUUAAAUUCACUUUAUAUCAUUUUAAAAUAAGCUUAUCUGUUAAUAAGGUGUUAUUUAAAUUUGAUGACAGGUGAAAAUCUAAUAACUGAAUCAAUCUAAAAUAAACCACAAAUAAAGACUGACAACCCAUGGAUCAUUCUGAAAAUGGAGGUUCAGUUGUACUCUAUAAUUAUUUUGUUUAGGUGCCAUGCAAGAUGUUUGUACUCCUUUCCCUUAAAUAAAGCUAAUAAUUCUGAGAAGCAGGCAAGUCACUAAGUCAUAACUAAACAUGGUUUGUUUAAUCAUGGGUGAUAUUGGAUUGUUUCCAAACAAAAAUAUAAAAAUGGUCAACGAAUUCACAUUUUUAAUCUGAUAAGCCUGAAACAUAACUCUUGAAGGCCCUGUAUAGAAGGUAAAAAUGUCCACACAAAAAAAUCAACUGGUCAGUGCUGUGCAUGCUGAGAUAUGCAAAUAACUGCACAGGGUAAUUACAAAGUUCCCGCCAGAAAAUACAUGCUAGCAAAACACAUAAAGUGAGAAUGCCUAUAUUGACGGAUACCUGUAAUGACACAUUAAGUGUGUAUGUUUUUGACUUAUUUAAUACACGCUUGCUUUAAGAAGGAGAAAAUACGUAUGCACACUGUGACAAUCUUUGGCCUUUCACUAAUGGCGUCUGGCUGCUAAUAUGUAACAGCUUUUGAUAUGUAUGUCAACAUUUUAUAAAUAUUUUAUGCUAUUUUUAACAUUAAUUUAUUAAUUUUUUUGCUCAGCCAUUUUAAGAGUUGAGGCUGUGUUAGACACAGCAAUGCGCUCUGUGAUAACUCAAUUCGGUCAUAAUACUUUUUUAUUCAACUCAUUCACUUAGCACAUUUUCAUUAGCAUGGAAUCAACUACAAACAAAACCAGCUAUGUUAAAUUGGUCUUGAUUUUUUAAAAAUUUAUGAAGAAGACUACUAUUAUGUAAAAUAUUGUUUUGAAAAUGGUAGAAAGCACAGGUUAAAUCACAUAUUUUGUGAUUGCUUUUAGUAUUAUUUACACAAAAACAUUUGUAAUUGAUAUACCCACCCCUUAAAAUCAUCAUGAUUUUCAUUAUUUAUAUUUUCUUUAUUAAUAAAAGGGUAAAAAGCAUUUGACAAUUGCAAAAUUUAUGCUGGGCUCCGUCCAAUUAAAAUUUUUUCCCCCUCAGCAUCAUAGAUUUUUUUGUUCGAUACUUAUUUUAUAAAUACAAUUUUACAAGGUAUGUUAUGGUUUUCUUACAGUUUUAGAUUUUCAUAUGCCAGUCUUUUGAUAUUUUGUCAUGUAUAUAAGCUCUCUUUUUCAAUAUUUUGUUCUGGGCAUCUGUACUGUGGAGCUGUUUUCAAAGAAAGAUGAAUUGACUUAUUGUUCUUGCAGGAAUUCUAUAUUGUAUUAUAGAAAAUGCUAACAUUAUGAUUAAGGUAAUAAAAACUAUUAAAAAAAAAAAAAUAACUGUUAAAAAGAAAUUUCUUUGUUCCCUGCAAAGCAUGGUCACAACCAAUGUUCCCUUUAAGCUGCGCAGCAAUCUCACAGAUGCUGCGGAGCAGUUUUGAGUACCGCGCAGCUAAUUUCCACUUAAGUUUGUGUCUGUAGGCUGUAAAAUUUGCAUGCAAAAAAAUUGAUGCUGUAAAAAUUUGCACACAACUUUAUGAUUUUGCACACGAACCAACAAACCUUAGAGGGAACAUUGGUCACAACCAGUACUGCAAUACCAUCAUGACUUCUUAAAUUUAAGCAUGUGUAAAGUUGUCUUCACUACCGCAGAUUUCUAGUACUUGCAUACCAUGCUUCCUGUAAAAGCAGUAUGUGAUACUUAUUUUAUACAUGUAUGGUAAUAGAAAACUUUUUACAAACAGUAGGUAUGUAUGAGUAGAACUAAUGAUGAAUUUUGCAUUUUUGUGGAACAAUGUUUAACAUUACCUACUUCUCCCAAAUAAUUAGUCUGAAAUUGUUUCUCAAAUUUAUGUUUAUCAGCACUGAUCCUCACCACCUUGUGAAUGAAUACCUUUUUUUCUUUUUUAAAAAGAAAAUUAUGGUAAGACUUGAUAUAUGAAACCAUAAGAAAAAUUGAGAAACAACAGUGGCCAAAUGGAUUAUUUUU